AUGGAAACGUUGACUGAAGAAGAAUGGGUAGAUUUUCCUUUUUACUUAAACAUAAUUUUGAUAUUAUAUUACCUGCACACUCACAUUUUAAAGGAUUUAACCUUAUACAAAAAAUUGGAUGAAAAUGUAAAGGACCCUAGUAAGAUUAAGACUGAAUGUAGUUUUUUAAGCAUUACUUUGAAAUCGAUUAGUCCUGAUCUUUGUGACAAAAUUACAAAAAAUGCACGAUAUACAAAUGGUUUAUCAACUAUAAAAAAAGGUGAUGAUGAUUGCUUAAAUUACAAAAAUUGGGUUUAUGAUCAAAUUUGGAAGUUCUAUAAAUCUAAGGAUACAAUAAAAUUAGAUGAAGUUAUUAGUGAUUUUUUGAAUAUACAAAAUGCCGUUAAUAAAGUGUUUCCUAAAAAAAUUUGUCAAUUUGAUUUUACUUCUAAAGAUAAAAAAGAUUUGGAGGAAAAAUUAGAAAAGAAAAAUUUACGUGAUUAUAUAAAGAAUUAUGAAAAUAUUAAAAAAGAAGUCACAGCUAAUGUUAAGAGUGACAUGUAUUCUAAGUACCUUACAUAUAUUAGUAAGAUAUUCGAAAUACAUAAAACAAAAUGCGAAGGCCCUUGGAAUUUUUAUCCAAAACAAUGUAAUGAAUAUUUUGUAUUGUCAACUAAUCCGUUUAAGCCGAAGGACCUCUUAGAUAUAUUACAAAAACAUAAAGCCCAAGCACCAGUUCAUAAACCGGAAGGACCAGUUGUAAAUGGACAUGCUCAAGGGCGAGGGGGACCUACUGGUUCCGUUGCUGGAUCUGAAGGAAAAUUAAAAGGUUCAGAGGCAGCUGAGGGUCCUGACGCAAAAUUAAAAGGUCCAAAAGUAGUUCAGGGUCCUGACGCAGAAUCAAAAGGUCCAAAAGCAGAUGUGGGUACUGGCGCAGAGUUAAAAGGUCCAAAAGUAGAUGGAGAUACUAGACAGGCUGAUUCCAAAGCAGGAGCAGGUCCUGGAAAGGAUGCUUCAAAAGGACAAGGGGAUUCUGGAAAGGGUAUUUCUAAAGAAAUAACAAGGGGAAAUCAAGAACCAGGUCAGCGACCCUUAAGUGCAGGUGUAACUGUAAAGGGAGGAAAACAAGAAAGUCAUAAGGGGCCUGAUCAAACAAGAAGAUCACCUUCCUUUUGGUCAAGUCCUUUUAAUAUAUUUGGUAGUGUAUUCAGUAGUCCAUCACAAAGAGCAGGCUCUUUAACUGGAAAAGAACAAAAACCCGCAGGUGCGCUUGCACCCGAAGGGAAGGAAAAACCUUUGGGAAAUUCUGAACCAAGUUCUAAAGCUGCUGGAGCUGCAAAGGUGGAACCCAAAGCUGCUGAUUUACCCCCCAAACGUGUUGAUUCACCACCACAGCCCGCUAAAUCGGCUCCUGCACCUGCCAAAGAGGAUGCCCCACCUCCCCAAGCAACUCUUGCACAAGUCAAAGCGGCACCUACACCUUCCCAUGUGGAAUCUGUACGAGCUCCUAAAGUAUUAACUCCGGAAGUUACAGUGGAAAUCCCUAAAGGAAAAGUAAUGUGUCCAAAUGGAACCAUAGGUGAUCCUUCUAAUUGUGUAAGCGCCCCAGAAGAAACCGAAAGUGCACAGUCUUUGGAAGUAUCAUAUCAUGAUAUUCCAAGUGAAACAUAUAGCUUAGUUGAACCUGGGAACAACCCUCCUAUUAUGGAAGGAGAAAAUUAUAAUAUAUUUACCUCUAACCCAGAGCGUACUAUGUUUACGGGAGCCAUAAUAUUGGGAGUAAUUUAUGUAUUUUACCUUUACUAUAAUGCUACUCCUUUGGGUAAAUGGGUACGUAAUAAGAUAGGGAGAAGAAGGGAUAGCGAUUAUGAUGAUCGAUCAGCACGAAGCUAUUUAACAUUAGACAAUAAUUCAGAAUAUGAUGAUUUGAAUUCUAGUAGUAUGAGUUUUAAUGUAGCUUAUUAUCCUAGAUGA